AUGUGUGACGACGAAGUGGCUGCUUUUGCAGUUGACGAUGAAUCCAUAAUGUGCAAGGUUGGAUUUGCCGGAUACGGUGCACCACGAGCGGUUUUCCCCUCCAUCGUUGGUCGCUGUCAUCAUCAGAGUCUCAUAGUUGGAAUGGUUAAAAAGACUCUUACAACUCGAUCGAACACGGUAUCGUCACUAACUGGGAUGAUUCGGAGAAGACCUGACGCCACACGUUUUACAACGAGCUCCGUGUUGCACACGAAGAGUACGCUGGCGUGGUUACUCGUUUACCAAACUGCAAAACGCGAAAUCGCCUGUGAUGUUAAGGAGAAGCUGUGCUAUGCCGCGCUUGACUUUGAGCAAGAAAUGGCUAUGGCUGCCUCUUUAUCUUCGCUUGAGAAAUGGUAUCAGAUAGUGUUUGAAAUGUUGUUGGUAGUACUAAAGUCGCUUCCUUCCUGGGAGGAGUCGCAUCGACCCAAACCUGCCUCUAAUCCACACAGACAAUCAUACGGGGAAUGGAUGAGGUCACAUACGAUUUGUCAUGAUGAAAUAUUGACGAAUACUCCUAGUGCAGCAUUCCUAUCAGCAGCUGCACGCGGUGGUGCAUAA